UAAGAACCAGGUCCUCUCGGCCACCCGCCAUUUUAUGUUGGAGGUUGAUGAAGAUCUUUAUGCCAGGUGAUUUGCCGCAAGCAUGUGGCUCACUCGGGUAUUGAUGGCGCAAAGGUCAACUCCUGGUAGAAUGUUUGCAGGGAAAAACAGAUUAGUCAGAAAAAUAACAGCGACACAAAGGAGAAAUACUGUUAUCAGAGAGAGAAGGAUGGAAAAUGUGGAGAGACUUUUGAGUACACCAUUCUUGUCUCCUGAAGAAGAACACGGCCACACAAGUAACCAGAGGAGAGAGGAAAGGAGACAAUUCAUAGAAAAGAAGCAAAAAGCUAAAUCCCUUGGACCGCAUGUGUAUGCUGCAGGCAAGGGGACACUGUCAAAAAAGUCUCAAGCUAUACUUGACCAUCUAAAUGUCUCGAAAGUUCAUCAUAUUGAUCUCAAUAGAAUAAACAAAGUGCUGUAAAUAAAAAGUGAUUUUAAAAUGUCA